AUGAAUUGCAGGGUAGAUAUUUUUCUGGAAGGGAAAAAAAUUCCACUUGGUAAUCUUCAUCCUGUUACCAAAAUUAUUCAAAAGAUCUAUGAGCUUUUUUUGCCUCUUUGUUAUCAGAUUGUUGAAAGUUCAGAAGUUGAAACGGAGGAGAUUAAUUUUGAUAAACUAAAUAUGCCGCCUGAUCAUCCUGCUCGUGGCAUUCAUGGCACUUUUUAUUUGAAUAAUAAUUUGUUGCUUCAUACUUAUACUUUCAACUCUCAA